AUGGACAUGAACGAGCUCCAAGUGUCAGAAGUCAGCGGCUCGGACAGCGGAUUCCACCACAAUCAACUUCACUCUACCUGCUGCCUUUUCCCUUGUAUACCGCAAUGCCAUUGUUGCUGUCACGAUGGCCAAGACGAUGAACAUCUCCCACGGCUCUCCUUGACCGGCAUCUCUCCGCCACUCCCUGACUACAUGCUCGAUGAGUACCAACAAGAACAAUUCCUCAAAUUGUAUCCAGCUAAAGACUGCGGCCCUGCGAUCGCAGACUUUUCUCCUCGAAGCGCCUAUCCCGGAUCGCUUGUCGUUAUAAUCGGCCACGGAUUUGCUCCUCGUAGAGAAAAGAACCGUGUGACGAUUGACGGCCAUCGAGCAUUGGUCGUCACUGCAGAGCGCCACCGCCUUGUAGUCAUCUCCAACUCAAAUUCAUCUACUGGACCGGUGAACGUGAAGACUUCAUAUGGACAGGCCUCAGGACCGAGAAACUUCGUUAUACUUGCCUACCCAGCACCUGACGCAUUUUUCAAGGAUGCACCUCCGUGGUCCUUUCAAGGCGUUGGUGACGGCAAGUCGUUGCCACUCCGGUCGAAACUCUUGCAAAAUCAGAGAAUUGCAGCAGAAGAUGCUGGUACAGUUUCUACCCUAGAUCUGCCGCCUACCGGAACAGCCAGAAUCCUCGCGGUUUGUCUAUACCCAAAAGAUCGACAGCCUGCAGAUUUGGCGGCUGCGAAGGCGAAUAUUGUGAGCCUUGGAGCUAGUGUUACACAAUAUUACCAGCAAGCAAGUUACUCCAAGAUCAAUGUUGCGGUUGAUGUUACCGACUAUGGUGUGAUGUUGGAUAAUUUCGAUUGGUAUUAUCGUGCUUCCUCCACCGACCCUGGCUAUCCCAAUUUCAAAGGGGAGGUAUUAUCACAAAUCAACGCUGAAGCAGCUCAGCAUGCUGUCAACCAGAAUUUCAACUUGGAGAGCUAUGAUGUUUUGAUGAUCGCCGUCCGCAUGGGAACCUUUGUUCGUGCUUGGGGUGGAGGUAUCGCGGGACCACACUUUGACUUUCAGAAUCAGGCUAGAUAUCCCGGAACACAUAUCGACAUCACAAUCAGCAAGAGUCUGGGGCAAAUGAUACUCGGAGAUGAUGCUACCUGGGAUCGUUUCGCUCACGAAUUUGGCCAUAAUAUCGUUUCGAGUCCAUCCUCAGCUAUCCUUGAGGAAGACAUCUACGGUAGCGAUCUUCCACCAGGAGCAGAUGCUUCAGCGGCACCUUUCGAUCUCAUGGGCCAACAUCCCCAAAUGCCUCUAUUUUCUGUAUUUCAUUUGAACAAGCUUGGAUGGUUUAACGCUCAAAACGUCUUGACUCUUCAGUGGAAUACACAGCCGACUAUUGUUGAGAAAGAAAUCGUCGCACAUGGACUCACCGAAAACUCCACCUCGUCGAGGGUUCAUGCCAUCAAGAUUCAAGUAUCAACAGGGCUAGAGUACUGGAUCGAAGUUCGCCAAACACCAGGAACGACUGGUCAAAUAUUUGAUCCACAGAUUCCAGUGCAAGCAGGAAAAGACGGUGGCGUGGUCAUCACUCGCGUGACCACAGGAGUCCAGAACAACAACCAGUCGAUGCGUCUUAUCACCUUGCUCCAAACUAAUACAAAUUGCCUCAAAACUGGUGAUGUUGCAGUUGAUCCUGCUCGAACAUUACUUAUUACAGUACUGAACGACAACGUCCAAGCUCGCCCACUCAUCUGCAAGGUUCGAGUUGAAUGGGCUCAGCCAACGCAGCCAACACCCAAUGGAACAUUUGAUCUCUCCAUUGAACCGUGGAAUACGAAUAACUAUACCACCCCGGAUAUCUGGGUCGACCGUAACCCGUUCAAUGCCUAUGACAGAGUUGAUGGCGUUGGGAAUCCUGUCAACGGUGGUGAUGAUCCGAGAGUUGGAGAGAUCAACAAAAUUCGUGCUCGAAUCCACAACACAGGAACCCAGAAGGCCAAUAAUGUUCAAGUCACCUUCUACUCCAUUACACCGCCGGGAGUUGGCGAUAAUGGGACUUGGACUCCACUCACGACCGUUCCCAUUGCUGAAAUAGCCAAUAAUUCGGCUAUGAUAACUUCAGCCGACUGGGUCCCCAGUGUUGGCCAACAUACUUGCUUGCAAGUUAUCAUAGGCACUCAGACUGGAGAGAUCUUGCUCGGCAACAACAGGGCGCAAGAGAACGUCUUCAGCUUUCAACCAGCCUCUCAUUCUGUCCCCGAGCCUGUAGAGCUUCCCGUAACUAUUCGCAAUCCUCUCAAUGUCCGCACACUCAUCUUCCUGAACCUUGAAAAUGUACCAGAGGGAUUUUACGUCUAUCUUCCUCAUCAAGUCGUUACUGUCGAGCCCCUUGGUGAGCGCAAUUUGGAGCUACUUGUCAUCCCGAUGAAAGAGAUUCCAGACCUGAAAUACAAGGUCGCCAAUGUUGGUGUUAGUGGCUGGCUACCUCACGGCUUCGAGAAAGAGAAAGCUAUUGGAUCUGUCUUCAGACCAAUUGGUGGUUUACAAGCCGUUGUCGCGCCUAAAAUUGGAAGCCAGAUCCGCCUUCAAGAUCCCCCGAAACUUGUCAAACCAGAAGUUAUUGAGGUCGUCGGAAGUGUCACACCAGCGACCGCGGAACAGAAAGUUAGGGUCGAUUUGUCGCUCGAACAAGAGAUCAUCCUUACGGCGUCGCCCCUGACCGACAAGAAUGGACGCUUCAAAGCUACAUUCCUGCUCAGGAGUAACGAUGACGAGUCGCCGUCAAUCUCUCGGGCUGCAAAUGAUCUGCUGUUUUCCUCUGCAACACCACGUCAGCAAAUCUUUAAUCUUGUAUUCCAGGGUCACAUUGUGAAUGCCUCGACAUUGGCGCCGAGCGAUUCAAAUAUUGUUCACUUCGAACACAAGGUCUCUAUUCCAGACACCCCAGAAGGUCCGAAAUAG